AUGCUUUCCGUAGACUGCUCUGCCAUCGAACGAUUCUGCACAAACACCCUCGACAUCACCGCCACCCCUCUCUCCCUCAUCCUCGGUGUCACCCUCCUCAUCCACACCAUCGGACCCUCCGCCCUCUCGGGUCUGCUCGUCCUCUUUUUCGCCGGCCCGCUCAAAGUGUACAUGUUUCAGAGGAUCUCGAGGUUGAAGAAGGAACAGAGCGGGAUUGUGGAUCGGAGAGUCAAAGUAUUGGGGGAGGUGCUGGGUAGGAUGAAGGCGGUCAAGAUGUACGGCUGGGAGUCGAUAUGGGAGAGAAAGGUCGAGGGGAUGAGGAAGGAGGAGUUGGAUAGGUUGAGGGCGAAUAGUUGGGGGAAGGCGGGGCUGAGCAUGUUUAUGGGGUUUGUACCCACAUUGGCGGCUAUCAUGACGUUUGUAACAUACUCUCUGAGUGGGCACGAGCUCGAUGCGGGGAUAGUCUUUGCGGCACUGCAAUACUUUAACGUACUGAGGGCGCCUAUCACUCUUCUGCCGCAAUCCUUGUCAGCUUUGAGCGAAGCCAAGGUUGCUGUGGAAAGAUUAUCGAAAUUGUUCGAGGCAGAAGAACAUGAGGGAGAUAUCGAGAUUGAUCCAGCUUCGCCAUACGGAUUGGUUGUAGAGGACGCCGAGUUCCAAUGCGACUCUUCAGCGCCUCAGGCGUCCCCAUCCCACAGACGCCAUGGCCAUGUACAAGAAGCCGUGCCCUCACCAACAGCUGCCAGCGAUGUCAUCGCAAGAGAUAAGUCUUUCACCCUCAAAGACAUCGACUUGCGUAUACCUCGAGGAUGCCUGGUCUGUAUAUUGGGCCCUAUAGGGGCGGGGAAAAGCGCUCUUCUGAAGGGACUUAUCAAGGAGAUGAAAAUGACUAAGGGUGACGUUGUGUUUGGCGGGACGGUCAGCUACGUGCCCCAACACGACUGGGUUCAAUCUGGUACCAUACGCGAUAUUAUCACGUUCUCUUGUUCGCCCGAAGACAUUGACGACAAGCGUUUGGAAGAAGUUAUUAACGCUUGUGCUUUAAGAAGUGAUCUAGCUAUGAUGCCUCAAGGAGUUCUGACGUACAUCGGCGAAAGAGGCGUGACCCUCUCUGGCGGGCAGCGGCAGCGUCUUUGUAUUGCGCGCGCAACAUACGCCCAGACAUCUGUCGUACUCCUCGACGACCCAUUAUCCGCUGUCGAUGCCCAUGUCAGCGAGCAUCUUGUUCAACAUUGCAUCCUGGGUACACUGGCCGACCGCACGAGGCUACUCGUAACUCAUUCACUGGAGGUUUUGCCCUAUGCCGAUAUGGUGCUCGUCAUGAACCAAGGUGAGGAUGGAUCUGGGCGGAUCUUUCAGCAGGGAAGUUACGAGGAGCUUUUGAACCAACCCGGGGCUUUUCAGAACCUGAUCAGCCGAUUCGGCUCCGCCGUCAACUCCCGCGCCCAAACGCCAGUAGACCGGAAAGCCUCGAUGGUCCCUACCCCGAAGCAGAUUGAAGAAGCUCUUCUGAAGGAUGAUCAAGGCAUUGAACACCAAGCAACACCAGAAAACCCCAAACUCGUACUGGAGGAAGAGAAAGCCCAGGGAUUUAUCGGCUGGGAAGUCUAUCGCAGAUAUGCCCAAGCCAUCAGGCCUUGGCCUUUUCCUUUACUUAUCUUAGCUUUUCUCCUUCUAUCCCAAGCGGCGACAGUCUACAAUACGGUGUUCUUGGGGUUUUGGUCUGAGGACAAGUAUGACGGCCUCACACAAGGCAGGUAUAUGAGCAUCUAUGGCGGGCUUGGAGCUAUGAUGGCUCUGUUUUCUCUUGGUGCCAUUUUCACCACCUUGCUCGCUGGGAUAGGCGCUUCAUACACUUUGUUCAAUCGAGCUUGGAGUGGUGUCAUUAGAAGCUCUAGUUCUUGGCAUGAUCGCACACCAACUGGUCGCAUCAUCAACCGUCUCAGCAAAGACACUGAAAACAUUGACGACCGUCUCUCAGACGUAUGGUAUCUGGUCGCAAGUGCUGCUCUUAGUAUUGCGGGGACGUUUGGUCUGAUACUCUACGUCUAUCCGUGGAUUGCUUUGUUGUUCAUCCCUGUCCUACUUUUCAAUUAUCUAGCUUUUUCAUACUACAGGGUGACAACUCGCGAUCUCGUGCGAUUGGCAUCCACAGCGAGGAGUCACGUAUAUUCCAAUUUCGGAGAACAGCUCUCUGGAUCGUCCGUUAUCAGAGCUUUCCGCCAACAAGAGAACUUCGAAUUGAGACUUGGGGAAUCGAUAGACACCGAGCUUGCAACUGUCAUGUGUGGGAACUUCGCCCAGGGUCGCUGGACAGGCAUCCGCAUAAGUUUCGUGAGCUAUCUCUUGAUUCUGUCCGUGGCCGUGUUCGGCGUCAUGUUCAGACACACGGUACCCCCGUCUAGAUUUGGUGUGGUUCUGACUUACGUGAUCGCUACAGCAUCCACUCUUACAAGUAUCAUCGCGCUGAUGACUGAAAUCGAACAGCAAAUGAACAACGUUGAACGAAUACUGAGCUAUGGUGAUCUUUCUCCGGAAGGACCUCCCCAACUGCCCUCGGACCCCAAUCCAUCCACUUCUUGGCCUGCUCAAGGCGCCAUAUCGUUCCACAACGUCAAUCUGAGAUACCGUUCCGAUCUACCUCUGGCACUUCGAGGAUUGUCUUUUGAUAUAAAACCAGGCGAAAAGAUUGGGGUCAUGGGCAGGACUGGGGCGGGAAAGAGCAGCAUUACCCAAGCCCUUUUCAGGACUGUGGAGAUCUCCGAUGGACGAAUUGACAUCGAUGGGAGGGACAUAAGAAACCUAGGGGUCGAUACUCUCCGACAACGCCUUUCCGUCAUUCCCCAAGAAGCCUUCGUUUUCGGUGGUACUGUACGGGACAAUAUCGAUCCUACAGGUACAAGAUCAGACGCAGAACUGAGCGACAGUAUCAAUAUCGUCUGCGUGAAUGCUUCCGACAAGUUGAAGAGCAAAUUCCGACUCGAUGCGGUAGUCAAAGAUGGAGGCUCCAAUUUCAGUACGGGAGAGAAACAACUUUUGGCAUUGGUGAGGGCUUUGAACAGACAUAGCAAAAUCCUCGUGCUCGGUGAAGCUACAUCGUCAGUGGACUUUGAGACAGAUGCUUUGAUCCGAAGCAUCAUCAACAAGCAUUUCGCAGGCGUCACCGUCAUCUCCAUCGCACACAGGAUCCAGACCGUUGCAUACUGCGAUAGGAUCAUGGUGAUGGACGCAGGGGCGAUGGCAGAGUUUGACUCUCCACUUCAGCUGUACGACAGGUCGGUUUCCAUCUUCCGCAAAUUGUGUGAUAAGGGUGGACUGGCCCGUACCGAUUUGGUAGAGCUGAGAUCGGAAUCAGGGAUGACUGAAGAAGCGGCCCAUGCGGCCGAUCCGCUGAGACUAUGA